AGAUUCCGGACGUGUUCGGGCACCGGGGGGCGGGCACCGGCUACGCCCCCUUCCGCGGCCGAAUUCCGCGCAUCAUGCGGGAAGGCCACAUCGCCACCGUUUCCAAAGACCGCGCGCCGCGAGGACAAAAAAGGCCCAGCGCGGCGGGUCGGGAGAACAAGCAGAAGAUGGUGUCAGACCUGCAAAGUGGACUGUCCACCAGCGCUCUUGAUGCCGCGGUGAGUGCGAGGGGGCCUGAGCUGCUCUUGGACGAGCACAGGGCGCAGCUGUCGGACCUAUCCUGUGCAAAAGUAUCGUACUCGUAUUGCAAUCAUGCAUUACGUUAAGGCAAAUCCGCAUUACAAAUUUCAUUUCUCAUGCUGAGGAAUUUGUAAUGCAUUUAUACGAGUGCGAUAUUUUUGCAGUUCAUAGGACCUCAUGCGCGGGAACAAAGAACGAAGCAGAAAAAGGGAAAUGACAGUGGAUAAGAACUACCUCGCCAAGCCCGAAACCCGCGUGUCUGACGAAGAAGAGGACGACGAAGAUCUGAAGCGGAAGUCUUCGUCUACAGUUGUAUCUGCGUCGAAAAUUAUGAAAAGAGAAUCACGGGAUGAAGGCAAGGGCCGCGAGCGUUUCUCGGCUGAAGAUGAAUUGUUGGAACAGCUGGAGUCGCGAAUCCCCUCUCAGAAGGAAACGCUCCGGGAACAGAUGAAAAGGGAGAAGGCAAAGUACUUCAUUAUGAUUCAUUUUUCUGGCCAACGCUAUUGCCAAUUCAAUUCGGUAUUUUUGUCAUGCUUGCAGAACAACAAUGCAAAAGAAAAAAAUGAAACCGAAAGAAGUUGAGUAUGCGACAAUAAGUCCACUGCGCUUGUUCUUUGUCUCCUGUCUCCACGAGGACCAACAUCCCACAAUCUAAAUGCAAAUCAGACUCGCCCCCCGCUCGCCCGAGCUGACGCAGAUGCUGGACGCCUACAGUCUCUCGUCCACUCCUAUCAAAGUGAAAAAAGCCCCCACCCCAUAUCGGAAACGGAAGAUGCGCGAAUUUGUAAUGCUGUAUUUGAGUACACAGAUCGACUUGUAUUGCUAGAAGGCCAAGAGACGAAGCUGCAGCCUACAUUGCAGGCAAUCUGUCAUGCUGUUUCCCACUUCCAGUUGCCUCCUCUCAUCCUGGAGCUGCAAGGCUUUCCCACCCUUAGACACCACUACAGUCCGCAUCUUUUGCCUUCUAGCAUCACAAAGCUGAUUUGUGACCACAAAUCUGCAUCACAGAUUUCCGUUUUGAUAUGGGGAGGGGGGAUUUUUCCUUGCAAUAACUCCCAUCUUAACUUCCGAGGAAUCUCGGACCGCUAGUGGGAGCUCCACGACCUCUUUAAGCAGCACCAGUCCGCACCGCCUGGCGUACCGCCGCCUAUCAAAUGCAAAAAUGUCUGGGUCUGGAAGAGUGCGCGAUUUGUCAUGCUGCUUUUCCAUGACCCAUGAGGUCUGGAAUGCAGGACCUAGCAUGACAGAUUCUGCGAGACCUCUCUCAUGCCUAUCCUGCAUGAGAAACUCCCUCCCGACUUGAUCAAAAAUGGACGAAUUUUGGUAAUCAUGCAACACAGAUUUUUGCAUGCUGCAGAUUUAGCAUGACGGGUUGCAAUCUUCCAGACCCAGACAUUUUUACAUUUCAUACCGCCGCGCUCGCGACAAGAAUCGCAAGGAGGUACUUGCUAGGGUGGAGAAUCUGAAGGGAGGUGGUCCGAUGAGCGAAAGCGAGAAAGCAGACAGGAGGGCCGCCGGCUCGCGGAAAAAGAGGCGAAAGAAAAAGAAAAAGGCUUCAACAUCUCCUCGACAGGGACAGGGAAAGAGUGGCGCGGACGUGGCUGGCUCGGCAAGCGGGACGAGCAGCGCAAAUGGUCGUGAGCCAUUGAGUGCGGGGAGCGAAAGAAGCACGCCGCGGGAGCACUUCGAGCGACAGCAGGCCCGAUCAGGAGAUUAUUGCGAGAAAAAAGUGUUACAGUUACACAUUGUGUUGCAGGCCAAGCAAGAUAGACAAGCUCUGUCAUCAUGCCGGAUAUGCAUAGCAGCCUCGUUUCAUGGGUGUUUUCGCGUAGGAUUUCUGCAUUGCAAGUUUUCUUUCUCAUGCAGAAUUGACAACAAAUGUGUAACUGUAACACUUUUUUCUUUGCAUAGAGAUCAUCGCUCGGCCAGUAGCAGAGGCGGCGGUAAAGAACGCCGGCACCACGGCGGGUCAACGAGAAAUAAAGCGAAAAGGAAAAAUAAAGACGAGGAAGCAAGCUCGUCAAGUUCUCGCGGCCGCGGCCGAAGGAAAAAAGAGCACAAGCACCACCAUCACCACCGUUCUCGCGGCCGCGAUAAUAACACACAGGCGCUAGUAGAUGCUGGCUACUCCAGGGAAAUCGAGAAGCUCCGGAAGGAAAGGAAGGAGUACUUGAAGGAGAUAUCAACUGCAAAAAUGUCUGGGUCUGGAAAGUUGGAACUUGUGAUGCUAACUUUGGAUUCUAGAAAAAUCUGUAUUGCAUGACCAGCAGAAGAGGAGUUUAAUUUCUGCUACGCGGGGAGGCCAUUUGUCAUGCGAAAUAGGCAUCAGGAAGCACUCAGAAAAUCUGUGAUUCCAGGGAAUACAUGAUCACAGACGUCACGGGCCAUGUAAAAUCUGCAUGACAAGUUCGCAUCCUUCCAGACCCAGACAUUUUACAGUUGAUAGGAGAUCGCGCUGAGUAACUUGCGGAAACGGCAGAUCGAGAACGAAGAUUUGAAGUAUGCAUUGCAAAUAUGUCUGGGUCUGGAAACUUGUGAUGCAGGUCAGUCAAUAAAAAACGCACUCUAUCUAAUGCGCCGCCAAGCAUGACACGUUUUGUCGUGCUUCUGUGCUGCGUAUUGUUCUGCAUGAGAAUCUGCGUUUUUGCAUGACAGGCGAGAGAGGCUGUUUGUGGCCACGCAGUACAGAUUUAAGGGCCAUGGCAGAUCAGCAUUACAAACCAGACAUAUUUGCACUCGAUUUGAAGCACCAGCUGCACAAUCUGAAGAAUCAGUUCAAGCAAGACUUGCACAAUAUGGAGCUGUAUCCUGUGCAAAAGUAAGUAUCGUACUCGUACAAAUGCUAAUGCAAGUCUUGCAUUGCAAAUCUUGUUUCCAAGGCAAGUCUGCAUUACAAGUUUUAUUUCUCAUGCUGAGAAAAUUUGUAAUGCAUUUAUACGAGUACGAUACUUUUGCAGUUCAUAAGCUGAAUUUGAAGCGAGACGAGGAAUGGAAAAAUAUCCUGUGCAAAAGUAUCGUAGCCGUAGUAAAAAUCGCAAUCAUGCAUCACAAAUUUUCAUCCCAAGGUGAAUGAAUCAGCAUGACAAAUUCCAUUUCUCAUGCUGGGCUAAUUUGUGAUGCGAUUCAACAGACUAAUACGAUACUUUGGCAAUGCAUAAAAGAUCAAAUGCGGCAAAAGCGCCUGAACGACUUGAAACAGGUGCUUGAUAGCAGCGUGGACGUGAUGAAGCAACAAGCUGAGCGGGUGGACACAAGAAAGCGGCUCAAGGACCAGGCGGAAGACAUCACUUCCGACUUCGAAGCAAGUCGGCUGCUGUAUGACCUGCUCAAACGUUACAAUCUCAAACGUUACGAAUAGAAUUUGGAAUGUGUGUUGCAUGAUGAGCAUGACAGACUCGCACAGCGUUCCACUUUUUGCAAUACAAUUGUCGCCAGAUUGUAUUGGGGUUCGGGGCUCCGGAACUUGUCAUGCGCAAUCCUAUAAGAGUUGGCUAGAUCAUGCACUCUUGCAUUACAGAUUUCCAUAUUCUAUUGUAACGCUUGAGAUUUUUGUAACACCUGAGCAGGUUAUAUCCUGCAAGAGGAACUGAAAACGAUCGCGCGUUCGGGACAAGUGGGCGGUGACCACUAUCAAAUGCAAAAAGAUCUGGGUCUGGAAGAUUGCGAGAUUAAUAUUUACAUUGCUUGACUUCCGGGUUCUGGUACGGCAUACCCCCGGCGACAGGUGAACUUGACAGGUGACUUUGACAGGUGACCUUGACAGGUGACCUUGACAGGUGACCUUGACAGGUGACCUGGACAGGUGACCUCGACAGGUGGCCUAAGCGCUAAUGUCAUUUAUGAAGACACGCAAAGGAAAUAUUUGCGACACGAUGAAAAAUGGAAAAGAUAAAAGCGCAAAAAAAAAAAAGCGACGGAGAAAAUCAAUCGGGUGCUCGCUUCUUCAGGCGAGCGAGUAACUGUUUAGCGUACUUUCUAUGUUCCUGCUUGUAAAUAGCUGGCGAAUAGUGUUUCAACUUAUCACCACCGAAAUGAAAAAGAUAAAAGCGCAAAAACGCAAAGCAACUGCCUCCACAGAGAAAGGAACAAUAUUUGCGCUGCCAGGCAAAAAUCGGAAAGCGCUUAUCUCCACAACGCAGAUCCAGGAGAUAGCUGCUUACUUACUUACAUUGCCCUGCGUCAUGGGAAAUGAAUUGCGGCGCAAUAUUACAGAAUUUAUCUGCAGCCAUGCCGACCUAUUUCCUUGACUUCCAUUUUUGUUUUGUGUUGCAAAAUGUAGGGCACCCUGUUCAUCCUUUUGCCUUUAGCGCUUCGCGCACUAAGCCACCAUGCGCGCGCCUGGUGUGAGGCGAGGGGCGGACGCUGUCCGCCCCGAUGCCGAACACCCUGCCCCCACUCGCGCUUCGCGCACUAGGCCACUAUGCGCGCGCCUGGUGUGAGGCGAGGGGCGGACGCUGUCCGCCCCGAUGCCGAACACCCUUCCCCCACUAGCGCUUCGCGCACUAGGCCACUAUGCGCGCGCCUGGUGUGAGGCGAGGGGCGGACGCUGUCCGCCCCGAUGCCGAACACCCUUCCCCCACUAGCGCCACUAGGGACGGGCACAAGGCCCCAGCGUGGGGACCCUGUCCCCACGCUCGGGUGGGCCUUGUUUGUCAUGCUUGUCUGGCAUGGCCAAAAAAUUUGUGAUGCGUGUCCAAGGAAGAAGAGGCCCUUUUGCCUGUCAUGCAAAAACGCAGUUUGUCAGGCGAAAAACGCAACACAAAGAAGCGCAGAUAUUUCUCAUGCUUGCCUGUGCAUUACAGAGCAUUCACUAUUCCCAACGCAGCAUUACAAGUUUCCAGACCCAGACACUUUUGCAUUCGAUAUGCCGUUGCCCAUGACGACCACAUCUGCGUUCAGUGAGCCGAAUACCUCCACUUUCAUCCAGCCACUUGUGACGCCGCCACUGGUCUCGUCGUCGGGCAAGAGAAUCGCGAACUUGAACUCUUCGCUGCCCAUUUUUGCAGCUAAUGCGGAAGAGCAUAAAAAUGCUCGGAUGAAUAUGCGAAAUCCAGCGAAACAUGACGACCAACUGCAAGAGCGGAGCUUGAUUCAGGCCGAAAUCCAGCAGCUGAAGCAGGAGCUGCAAAACCAGCAGAAGGUGUAUCUGAGCGAGCUGCUAUCCUAUGUAAAAACAUUCCCACACCAGAGUCAAGAUGGGGAUCUCGCAACACAAAUCGAGAAGUUUUGGGGGUCGAGCAUGACAAGUUCGUCUCUGUAUUGUAGGGCAGUUUAGCAAGUAGAAGUACAGCCGCAACACAAAUCCAUCUACUCAUCCCGUCGACAGAAUUACAAAGUGCAAAACGCGAUUGGAAAUGCCUCUCAUGGGGAUGCGCAUUGCAAAUCUUUCUGUAGCUGCAAAUCUGCAUGACAACUGGGGACAUUUUUGCUCAGGAUAGCUGCAAUCCAUCCGGGCCGUCGUCCUACCGCCGGCGGUAUCAAGUGUAAAAAUGUCUGGGUCUGGAAGAAUGCAGCUUGUCAUGCUAAAUCUGAAGCAUGCAAAAAUCUGUGUUGCAUGAUUAUCAAAAAUCGCUCGUCCAGUUUUGACCAAGUCGGGAGGGAGUUUCUCAUGCAGGAUAGGCAUGAGAGAGAUCGGGCAGCAUCUGUCAUGCUAGGUCCUGCAGCAUUCCAGAUCUCAUGGGUCAUGGAAAAACUGCAUGACAAAUCGCGCACUCUUCCAGACCCAGACAUUUUUGCAUUUGAUGGGCGGAUUCUCCGGACCAUGUGCAGGUCUCGGCGGACAUGCGGGCUUAUGUCUUUGACCUGGGAGAAAACUACCGGAAAGAAACCGAGAAACUGAAGCUGCGAAUUAUCCAUUGCAAAUAUGUCUGGGACUGGAAACUUGUGAUGCUAAAGCAUGGAUCAGUCUGGUGCUUUCAACUGCAGCCGUGCAUGACAAAUUUAUUUGACGCCGUCUACUGAUGCGUGGCACGCAUGACAUGCUGCGUCUUUGCAUGACAAAAAAGCAACGCCUUUGCUGGCUGUGCAACACAGAUUUUUCAGGAAUGCUAGGGAUGCAACACAAGUUCCACUUUGUUUUCCAGACCCAGACGUGUUUGCAUUUGAUACGAAUCGCGCCCUUGCAAGAGGAUUUGCGGUUGUUGAAACUGCUUGCGGCCCCGCCCGGGUUCGAAGCAAGUGGAGAACAACUUCUCCCGGCCAGCAGAGGUGGUUCCCCUGGUGCUGCAUAUGCAAGAAAAAAACUGUGUCAGUGUAACUUUCUUGGAGGAACAGCAUCACAGGUUUGCUCUGCAUGACAGAGAAAACCUGUAAUGCGUAGCUAGCGCGGGAGAACACGCACGAAAAGAGCCUCUGAUGCAUGUCCAGCAUGACAAGUGUAUACAGUUUUGCAUUUUCUGCAACACAAAGUUACACACACACAGUUUUUUUCUUGGAUACUGCAGCUCUCCGGGUUAAAAAUAGCCCGGCGCUGACCACGGCGAGCAUUCGUUCGCCUUCCUCUCCUAUGGAUUGCAAAAAUGUCUGGGUCUGGAAGAUUGCAGCUUGUCAUGCUGAAUCCGAAUAAUGCAAAAAUCUGUGUUGCAUCAGUGCCAAAAGCUGUCCACUUUCGAACAAGUUGGGAGGGAGUUUCUCAUGCAGGACAGGCACGGCAGAGACCUCGCAGACUCUGUCAUGCUAGGUCCCGCAUUCCAGACCUCAUGGGUCAUGGAAAACCUGCAUGACAAGUUUACACUCUUUCCAGACCCAGACAUAUUUGCAUUUGAUAUCUCCCGGAACGGCGCUUGGCUCGCAGCUCGGCGGAAGUAGACCGCGGCAGAGGAGCGCUGCAAGUCGGCGCGGCCGAAGGAUGGGACCUACAGACGCAAACCGAGCAGGACGAGAUGGUGCCAACAAUGCCAACCUCGUACCCGAAGUAGACUUCGUUCGCUCACAAGAAGAUGGCGGUUUUCCCGGCACGCCCAAAACCAACGCUAGCAGGGUUGUGUACGUAUCGCCUGUAUGGAUUGCAAGUAUCAUGUCUGGGUCUGGAAACUUGUAAUGCUAAAAGUGAAUGAUAGAUGUGCCGCAAUACGCAGCUAUGCAUGACAAAUUUUGUGGCCGCCAUGUCUUGUGUAUUCUGCAUGGCAAACUGCCUUUUCGCAACGUGACAGUUAAGAGGGCUCUUUCGUGCCUAUGCAACACAGAUUCUCGAGUCAUGCCAGACAAGCAUGACAGACUUGCAUUCUUCCCGACCCAGACAUUUUUGCAUUUGAUAGCCUGUAGUGGCUCUUUCCAAAGACAGCACGACCUCGAACGUAAAUCGGGCAAGGUUUUUAUGCAUCGGGCAAAAUUUAAGUGAUGUCGUACUCGUAGUCGUACUAAUUGCACCCAUGCAUCAUGACAGAUUCGGUUUUUUAUCUACUUGAAUCCGUAUGAGAAACUGCAUUUUUGUUCACUAUAGUAGAAAUUUGAUGACUAGUACGAUACAAUUUGCAAUGCAUAGUUUUUCAGCCCGACCAGCCGGAGUCAAAGCCCCGGGUGGACAGGCAGGAGCGAGGACCUCCUCUAUGCAUUGCAAAUAUGUCUGGGUCUGGACGAUCCAUCGCAACUUGUCGUGCUAUGUCUCGAGCCCAAAAAAAUCUGUAUUGCAUGAACGCCAAAAGUUGCCCAAUUCUUGCUAGGCAAAAGGCGGAUUUCUCAUGCCGAAUAGCCAUGAGGAAGGUCUCGCAAAAUCUGUGAUGCUUCUGUGUGCAUUCCAGACUAUGUGCGUAGUCCGCGAGAUGCAUGACAAAUCUCGAAAUCUUCCAGACCCAGACAUAUUUGCAGUUGAUAUCCUCCUAUCGGGGCCGAAAAAAAUCCACGUAGAAAAGUUCGAACCCGAAAAGCCGGGCGAAUUACACGCGACGGUCCACGGCCUGUUGCGGUUCGAACCGUGCACACCGCGGCUGGCGAAGCAAGUGGUUACCAACGUGGCUCAUUUAGAUCACAGUUUCAGCGAGCUCGUGGGCCACAAAACGAGGGCUUAUCCUGAGCAAAAACGUCCGCGCCCCAUAGUCCAGAUGGGAAUUUCGCUAGACAAAUCGGCCAACUUUGGUUGUUGUGCAUGACAAGUUUGGCCUCGUAGUGUAUUCCUGUUUAGGUAGCUCCAGCAGCAUCACAGAGCUAGCACAUCACGCCGAUUAUAGCAUCGCAAAUUCCAAAACACGACUAGGGAAUGCUUCUCAUGGGGCUCCUCGUGAGAAACUUUUUUGCCGUGCAGAUUUGCAUGACAACUCUGGGGUAUAGUGGCCGGGAGAUGAUGGUGAUGGCACUUCGGUGUCCGCCUGACCCACCCGCCCUGCGUGCCAAGCCAUCUGCGGCGAUGGUACAAUGGGGGGGGCAAAGUGUGUCGCAUUUUGUUUAGCAUGACAACUCUGGGGUGGGGACGUUUUUCCCCAGAAUAAGGCCGGGCUAUUUGUCAACGUGCGGGGGCUGAUGGGUGAGCUGUUGGGCAGCACCGCACACGACUGCAACGAUCCGCGCGUGCUGGAGCUCGAAGAAAAUCUGAUCCACAAGGCGCCAGUAGUUGCUAUCAAAGUGAAAAAUCCCCCCUCGUCCCCAUAUUGACACGGAAACUUCUGUUGCUGGAUUUGUGUAAGUACACAAAUCAGCCCUGUCUUGCAGUGAGGCACUACGGGCAAAGUCUCAGCCUGCGUAGGGGUGUUUUGUUGUAGGAGGUUAGCAUAGCAGAGGCCUGCCAUGCCCAUGUUUGUAGGUGAAACAGCAAUACAAAUCACCCCCAUAAGGCGGCGGAUUCUUUGCCUUUGGAUUUGCCUUCUUGCAAGAGAGGCCGGAUUUGUGGCCACGAAUCGGCAUCGCAAAUUUUUAGGAAUAUACUUCUUCAAUAUGGGGUGGGGGGAUUUUUCCUCGCAGUAGUCGCCGGGGAGGAACUACUCCUUCCUCUUGCGACAGAUCUGGACGAUGCAAUCAACCCUGAUAUAAUUAAAAACCCCCCUUUGAGCAAUGGGGAGAUCAAGAAGAAAUUCCAGGAAGCCAGGCGAAAUCUGCACACGGCGCGCCGGGCGGUCGGGGCCGUUCUGCAGUUGGUGCCCACCAGCGAGGAAGAUGUUGUUGGGGAAGUACUGGUAUCAACUGUAAAAAUGUCUGGGUCUGGAAGAGUGUAACUUGUCAUGCUACAUUUGGAUCGUGAAGAAAUUUGUGUUGCAUGAUUACCAAAAGUUGUCCACUUUUUAACAAGUGCCUAGAGGCAGUUUCUCAUGCAGGAAAGGCAUGAUAGAGAUCUCACAGUAUCUGUCAUGCUAGGCCGUGCAUACCAGAUCGCGCGCGUCAUGGAAAACCUGCAUGACGAAGCUGGCAAUCUUCCAGACCCAGACAUUUUUACAUUUGAUAACUUCUAGCACCCCCCGCCGCAUCAAGUCUUUCCUCCGCGCCGUUGUUUCACAUCUACCGUGAGAAGUGGACUUUGCCCGCUGAAAAGGAGAAGAUGCUAGAGCAGGAGUCCGAGUUGAAAGCGCGGAUGACCGGGCUGGAGCAGGUAAUGCGGGGACUUAAGGAGCAGCUGAGGGGGCAGAAGAAACACCCAGAUGAAGAAGAAAAUCGUCCAGGUGGGCUGCUAGAAGAGGACCCGAAAACAGGUACUUCUAUCGAGUCGGAACGCCAGCGGUUGCAGCUGGAAAAGGAAGCCGCGGUGCGUCUGUUGCAGGAAUAUCAAAUGCAAAAAUGUCUGGGUCUGGAAACUUGUGAUGCUGGGUGGCGUAUCAUGCGGAGCCACAAGUGCUGGCUCAGCAUGACAAGUUUCUGAGCUUCUAGGUGUUGCCUACUCUGCAUGACAGACUACGUUUCUGCAUAACACAAAAGUGGGGCUCUUUGGUAAUGUGCAUGACAGGUUUAAGAGUCAUGCCAGACAAGCAUGACAAACUUGCAUUCUUCUAGGCUCAGACAUUUUUACAUUUGAUAAGGAAAAACAGAAAAAAGCUUUCUCCGCCUUGGAGCAAAAGUUUUCCAUCUUGCCGAACAACAUGAUCAACGAUCCCGAGCUGCAGGUUUUGGAGCGCGAUUUCGAGACGAAGAAGAAAAACUGGGCAAAAUCCUGGGAAAAAUGUCACGAAAAAGCGAACGAACUCGUCCAGGUCGAAGAGCUGCAGAAACAGAUAUGAACUGUAAAGGUACUAUCCUAUUCGUAUAAAUGCAUUACAAAUUUUCUCAGCAUGAGAAAAAAAACUCUGUAUUCUAUAGCAAAAGAGGAAAGUUAAGAAACAUGAUAGGAAAUAUUGUAUUUAUAGGUAAAUUAAAAAUAAUGGAUGUCAUGCUGAUUUACCUUAAGAAAAAUUACUAUCUAUUAUACAAGAUGGGGGUCGGCCGUUUGGCCGACCCUAUCUUGAUGGACAGUGGGCAGCUAGAAAAAACGGCCCCAAGAAGAGGGCGACUUGACUUCGAAAGAAACAUAAACCCCAGCGGCCAUAUGCCCCCGAGGCCCCGCCAGGGCUUGUCCCCGAGGACAGCGCGAGCGGCUUUGCGAGCGCAGGCAAGCCCCGAGACCUUUCCCAAGGCCUUUGCUCCGCCUCCCCAAGGCCUAUGCCAGACUGCCUCCCUCGCGCAAUGCUUUCGAUUUCUUUGCAUCGGCUAGCAGGCUCGGCCCACCAGGAUAUGGCGUUCGUAGGCCCUGCAAAGGCUCUGCGCCGCCUCGGCCACAAUGUGCGUGGCAGCCGCCUCAUUGGCCAGGCAGGAAGGAUCUGGCCGCGGCUAGCAGGCUUCCAUCCUUCGCCGAAAUAAAUCUAGCUGCGCCGCACAACCCCGGCCGCGAUCAGUGAGCCGGGUGGCUGGCAUCAGCUAGCCCGAUCGUAGGCUGAGUGGCCUCGCCACCCAGAAUCUUGCGCCGGCCUGCCGCCCCUGGCGCCCCCGGGCACCGUCCAGCACCGCUAGGGCCUGGCGCCGGCCGUUUGGCAGGCUUGGCCAGGGCCUGGCGCCAUCUGGCUCGGAUGCCCAUAAAUGAACUUCUACCGGGAACCAGCUGCCUUGCUGGGUCUCCGUACCUUGUCAAGGCCCGGCGCCGGCCUUGCUUGGAGCGCCCAAUCUGGCACCGCCCCGGCAUGAUGAAUCCGGCGCGCGCGCGCGCCCUUCCGCUAGGACGCCUGUUGGGCGGGCCGGGCAUACCACAACAAACGGGCACUGGCGCCGAAAGCCCACCAAGGCCCGGGCGGCCGGCCCGCCCGUCGCUCAAGCAGGCGCGCACACAAACAACGAACUGUAGCCGCGGCCCCGAGCGAGGGGCCCGCGCAGGCAGUCAACAAACGCAAACAAAGAGAAGCGCGCCGCAUGUUGCGGCAGGGCCGAGGCGUCCUGGACAGAGAACCGAGGCGGGCCCGCCCCUAUUACACCGCAACCAAGCCGUCGCGCCGGCCCCCGGCCGGCAUCCAUUUUGUUUGGGGGCAGUCUGCCAGCCAGGCGAAACAGAGGCGGCCUCGCCGAUGGGUGCCAAAAACUUAAGCGGCCCAGAGGAACUCGCACAGCGAAAAUCUGCGUCACUUGCGCUGGCUCAACUCCGGCCGCGGCCACCUAUAUUCCAGCGCCCUGGGCCCUUCUGGUGUGGCUCAGAGCGCUGGGAAUGCAGGCGGUUGGCCUGGGCAUGGGCGCUCAAACCCCCUCGCAGCGCGAGCAUCUGCGCCAUCUUCUUGCUCCCAAGCCGGCCCGGGCGGCCGCCUACCUUCCGGCACCCGGGACAGCACUCUUCUGGCGAGGCUCAGGGCUUUGGAAUGUUCGUGGCCGGUUGGGCCACGGGAACAUCUGCGCCCACGCGCGCCGUGCGCUCAAAUGUGGUCCGUCGGCUACCUUCAAGCGCUUUGGGCCGGCCCUUUUGGUCUGGCUCAGGGAUCUGGAAUUUAAAGAGCUGGCUCGGCCGCGGAAGCUCGCAGGCGAGCCGAGGCACAGAAAACAUCUGGGCCACCUUUGCCCAAAUCCCGCCGUCUAUGCUCCAGCGCGCUCGUUAGCUGGACUCCUCUGGCGCGGCUCAGAGCGCUGGAACGUAGGCGGCUGGUUUGGCCACGGAAACUCGCACAGCGCACAUCUUCGCCAAUUUUGCUCAAGUGCGUGACUGAGCCCAGGCGGCCACACUCCAGCGCCGCUCGCUGACCCUUCGCUCUGGUGGGUGUGGCUCACGCAAAGCGAACAUCUGCGCCACUUUUGCUGAAGUGACCGGGCCCGGCCGCCUACACUCCAGCGCCCGUGAAACAUCUGGCGUGGCCCAAAGCGGGCGCGGGAAUGUAGGCGCCUGGGCUGGCCACGGGCAACUGCAGAGUGAGCGAACACGCGCGCCACCUGCGCUCAAAUCCCUCCAGCCGCCUACGUACAUUGCAACACCCUGCGCCCUCCUGGCGUGGCUCGGUGCGCUGGAAUGAAUGCAGGCGGCUGGCUUGGCAGGCCACAGACACUCGCAGAGCGAGCAUCCGCGUCACCUGCGCUGAAAUCCAGCCGCCUGCAUUCUAGCGCCCUGGGCCCUUCUGGUGGGGCUCAGGGCGUUGGGGUGCGUGUAGGCGGCUGGUGUGGCCACGGAAACGCGCAAAGGGGACAUCGACGCAACUUGCGCGGAAGUCUAGCCGCCUACAUUUCCAGCGCCCUGGACACUUCUGAUCCGGCUCAAAGUUGGCGCCGGCCGGCCCGGAAUCUAGGCGAUUGGCCCGGCCUUGGAAGCCAACUCGCGAAGCGAACAGCUGCGCGGCUUCUGCUCAAAUCCAGCCGCCCGCCUGCAAGGAAGCGCUCUGGGCCCUGCUGCUGAGGCCAAGGGCGCUGGAAUAUAGGCGUUUGAUUUGGUCACGGAAGCCCGCACGGCGAACAACCGCGCAAGUGGCGCCCAAUUCCAGCCCGCCGCCUAUGCGAAGGCGCUCCGGGCCCUUCAUUCUGGCGUGGCCCAGGGCGUUCUUUGAUUGGUUGGAAUGUAGGCGGCGGCCUUGGGCACGGAAACUCGCACAGAGAGCACCUGCGCCGCUUGCGCCCAAAGCCUGCCAGUCGCCCGAAUUCCAGCGCCCUGGGCCCUUCUGCUGUGGUUCAGAGUGAGCGCUGGAACCUACCUAGGUGGCGGGCUUGGCCCUGGACACUCGCAAGGCGAACAUCCGUGCUACCCGCGCGCAAAGCCAGCCGCCUCCAUUCGUUCCAGCGCUAUGGGCCACACCAGAAGGGUCCAGGGUGGUGGAAUGUAGGCGGCUGGCUUUGGCAGGGAAGCUCGCAAAGUGCGCGAACAUCUGCGCAACUUGCGCUCAAAUCCCUCCGGCCAGCUAUGUUCCAGCGCCCUUGGUCCUUCAUUCUGGCGAGGCCAAGGGCGCUGGAGUGUAGGCGGCUGACUUGGCGGCCUUGGAAACUCGCAAAACAAACAGCCGCGCAGCUUCCGAACGCGCAAAUGAAUCCGGCCGCCUACAUUCCAGCGCCCGCCCUGGACACUUCUUGCGUGGCCCAGAGCACUGGAAUGUAGGCGGCUGCUGCGGCUCAAGGCGCUGGUUUGUAUGUAGGUGGUGGGGUUGGCCACGGGAACGCGCGCAGCGAACAUCUGCACCGCUUGCGCUCCAAUCCAAUCGCACACAUUCCAGCGCCCACCCUGGGCCUUUGUGGCGACGCUCUUCGCGGUUGGUAGUAGUAGUUGAGCCGACUGGCAACUGCGGGGCGCCCUCUCCUCCGGUUGCGUGGUGCCUCAAGCGUGCCGGAGGGGCAGGAGGCCGAGCCGGCCGCAAAGCGGGCGAAGGAAGCAAGAUUGUGGCGGUCGCGAAGCCGAAGGCGGUGCCGAGGGAGGCCGAGGCCGAGGCCGAAGCCGAAGAGCAAAGCAAGCCGCGGGCGGCCCCAAAGAAAGGCGAAAGCCGCCCCGAUGGCCAAGGCGUCGGGCAAGCAAGGGGAGGGGCAAAGGCAAAAAGAAGCAAGCGCGUUGGCUGCGUAGCGCGGCGGAAAGAGCCGAAGCGGCCCCGCCCGCCUUGAAACUAAAGCGGCUCCGCCCGCCUUUGGAAGAGUACUUACAGACGAAAGAAAAGCGGCGCCGCCCGCACCAAAAACUAAACGAAAGAAACCACGGCGGCGCCGCCCGCAUUUGAGACCGCAGCGGCCCCACCCGCAUACGAAAAAAGCCUUUGGCUUGGCCGAACAACCCGCCGAAGGGCAUGGCGCCGUGGGUGUUUCGGGUCUUGCCGUUGUUUCGGCCCCACGCAAGUGCGAGACCCGCAGCGCCAUCGUAAAGAAAGACGAAGACCCCGCGCGCAUUGCAAACCAAACUUCUUGGCGUCGCUCGACGGCGUCCGCCCGAGGCCCCCCGAAGACCCCCCGAAGACCCCCCGAAGACCCCCGGAGACCCCCCGAAGACCCCCCGAAGGCCCCCCGAAGGCCCCCCGAAGACCCCCCGAAGGCCCCCCGAAGGCCGUCGGUCGGAGGCCCCCCGAAGGCCCCCUGAAGGCCCCCCGAAGGCCCCCCGAAGGGGUGCCUCGAGAAAAACAGAAAUUUACUACGCCGAAGGCCCCCCGAAGGGGGUUCAAUGAGCCCCCGAAGGGGGGGGUCAACGGAGCCCCUUUGGGGGGCCUUCGAGGGGCCUUCGGGGGGCCUCGAAAAACGAAGGGGUACCCAAGGGGGGUCAAUGAACCCCCUUCGGGGGGUCGAAGACCCCUCAACGACCCCUCAAUGACCUUAAUCAUCAUUAAUAGUAGUUAAUUCAUGCGAAAAUAUUGGCUAGAGAGGGUAAACGAGAGGUGGCCGGGAGGUCAAAAAGAGGUCAAAAAGAGGUCGACAGAGGCGGAGAGGUGGCGCGGGAGGUAGUUCGGGAGGGUGGCCGAGAGGUGGCGCGAGUAUAGCCCGCCGAAGGGGUCACCCUUUGGGGCCGCUAAGCGGCACGGAGGUGGCCGAGAGGUAAAAAAGAGGGCACGCGAGAGGUGGACAGAGGUGCCGAGAGGUUGCGCGAAUAAGGGCGAACCUCUCGCGCACCCUCUGGGCCACCUCUCGGCCACCUCUGUCGACCUCUGCCGGCGAGUAUAGCCGGAUUAUUCGCAACACCUCUCGGAGGAGGUGAAAAAGAGGGUCUGCGAGAGGGUUGCAAAAACUCGAAUCCGCCCGGCACGCGGCCAAUUUUGUUUGGGCCUUUUCAUCGCGCAGGCCCGCACCCUUUCGCGCUACCCUCCCGCGCUACCCUCUCGCGCCGCCCUUUCGCGCCACCCUCUCGCGCCACCCUCUCGCGCCAGCGAUUUCCGCCGAGAAGCUUUUAGGGCGGGGGCGGGUGGGUGAUCAAAAAAGGGCAUUGCGGCCCCCGUUCUGCUUCCUUCGGCAUCUAUGUCGGAGCGGCUUCUCUUCGCCCCCAAGCUUCGCUGCAGCUGCUCCCUGCGCAUAGCGCCUGAAGGCGCGGGAAGCGCGCAGGAGGCCCAGCGGGUUGAGAUGGCGCAAACCGGCGCCAGUAUUUCCUUCGAACUAUCACGCCGUGCGCAAAGCUCUGGCACUGUGGCCCGAUCCGCAAAUAGUCCUGCCCCGCCACAACAGCCGCUCGCCCCGGCGUCAGCCGGGGCAUGGCUGGUAUUUGUAAUGCAAGACUUGCAUUUAUACGACUACGAUACUUGUUUUGCACAGGAUAACAGAAUCCGACGGACGAGAACACCAGCGCUGUGAACGCACUCGUCGAGGGCUUGGAGCGGCUGUCGGCCACCGAGCGGAGGUAUGCAUUGCAAAUAUGUCUCCGUCUGGAAACCUGUAAUGCUGAAUGGCCAUGAGUGACUGCGCCUGUAAGAGCACUGGAGCAUGACAAAUUUUUGAGACACUUUCUCAUGCUUAUUGCGCAUUACAAACUGCGCUUUCUCAUGAUGAAAACGCGGCGCUCUUGGUGCUUUUAUGCAACACAGAUUUUUCUGGAAUCCUGCACACGCAAUACAAGUUCCAAUUUUCCAGACCCAGACAUUUUUGCAUUUGAUAGGAGGCUGGCCCAGGUGGCCGAGGAAGCGGAACGAAGCGUGCUGCGGAAGAGACGAGAACUCGAGAGGGCGUUCGUAUCAAAUGCAAAUAUGUCUGGGUCUGGAAAGUGGCGACUUGUAACGCUGUAUAUGGAUUCCAAAAAAAUCUGUAUUGCAUGCCACAGCAAGAGGAGCCCAGUUUGUGCUCCGCAGAGAGGGCAUUUCUCAUGCGGAAUACGCAUCAGGAAGUCCUCUAAAAAUCCGCGAUGCUAGGUCAUGCAUGACAGGCCUCAUGGGUCCUGCAAAAAAUGCAUGACAAACCUGGCAAUUCUCCAGACCCAAGCAUAUUUGCAUUUGAUAGUUCGCGAUCGAAAAGGAAACGUUGGAAAAGCAGUGCGAAACGGAAAAAAACAUGCUUGAGGAGGAGUUCAAGGACAAGGACAAGGAGCGCACCAGCCGCGGACUGGUUGUUUCCUCUCCACGACAGUUCUUCCCAGGAGAGGAAAGAAGACAGACCACGGGCGCAGGACCCCUCGAAGAUCAGCUUCGCAGCACCGAUAUCGAAUGCAAAUACUUAUGUCAGCUGCUGCGGUGUCUGGAAAAACGCAGCGGAUUUGUGUUGCUGCGCUUUGCAUGACAGAGCCAGGUCGUUCUGGUGUACGGCAUCAAAUUUCUCGGCUCGUAUUCCGCGUUCUAGUGCCGACGUGUUUUGCAUGACAAACUGGGUAGUUACAGCUGACGACAGAAAUAAGGGUUGCCACGACUACUAGCCAUGCAUCACAGAUCUGUCAACUUUCGCAUCACAAGAUUCCUACUUUUUACUUAAUUCAAGUGACAAAAAAUUCUUCGGUGUGUGUCUUCUCGUCUUCAUUAUGCCAGGUCCAAAAAGCAUGCGUGACACCUUGCAUGAGAAAUUCAAAAACAUUCAAAAUUGAUUUAACAACUCAAGUGCUGGCUCUCUUCGUUCACUGUGCUGUACCAAGGUGCUGUUUCCAGACAAAACGCCAGACAUAUUUGCAAUGCAUAACCGGAGCUGCGCUCGCCACUCUGAAGCAGGAGGCGAGGCGGGUCGGCGCUCAGCUGCAGGAAAUUUACCAAGCGGAAAAAAGUUGGAGCGGGCGCCUGGCUAUGGGUCGUUACAAAUGGAUCGUACUAGAAUGUGAAUGCUGUGUGAAUCGCAUUUACAAAAACAUUGAAAUUGAAAUUAAAAUUGACUCAGCAUAAAUGAGAUUUGCAAAGCGAACUCACCUGGACACCCACAACGUAGAUUUUUCUAUGUGUAUAAAGAACGCAAUUCCAAUUUGUUAGUACGAGUAUUUUUGCACAGGAUACUAGCGGAAGCUUCGAUCGAUGAAGUAGAAGGACCAGGACGAAAGGACAGUGGUGUUUCUGUCGAGAAAGCGAUAGAUGGUGCAGUGCAGGCGUAUCAAAAGGAAAUAUCCCCCCUACCCGUAUCAAAACGAAAUUUCUGAUGCUGGAUUUGGAUACACAAAUCAGAUCUGUGUUGCAGUAGAAGACGGCACGCAGAUCCUAAGCCUAGGCAGGGGCCUUUUGGCGUAGGCGCCUAGCAUGGUAGACGGCUACCCUGUAGGCCUUACCGCAUUACAAAUGGCCUGCGUAUUAACGUGGCGGGCAGCCUGAAUGUGCCUUCUGGCAAGACAGACCCGAUUUGUGGGCACAAAUAUGCAUGACAAACUUUCAGCUAUGGGGAGGGGGGAUUUUUGCUUGCAAUAAGGCGCUGAAGCUGUCGCACAAAAAGUUCGAAUACUGGAAUCAUCGCUUCGUUUUAUCGCGCGGGGGGUUGUAUCCUGUGCAAAAGUAUCGUACUCGUAUAAAUGCAAGUCCUGCAUUACAAAUCUUGUUUCCAAGGCAAAUCUGCAUUACAAAUUUUAUUUCUCAUGCUGAGGAAAUUUGUAAUGCAUUUAUACGAGUGCGAUAUUUUUGCACAGGAUAGGUUGCGCAACUUUACCGAAGCGAAGUUUCAAAAUAACUUACUGAGUAACGGCGUGAGUACCACGUUGGGCGCAGGUCUUCUGACUACGAGCGAGACGUUUUCCACGCAGCUGCGGAAGCCCGACCGGGGGGAUAAUUCAUUUUCCGGCACCAGCACAGGCCGACUGUCCAGAAUAUUUUCGCCCUCGAACAGAAUCGACGAGCGGAGUUUCUACUUGGAAAGAAGCCCGCUCUUUGCGGUCGGCGGGGCCGUGGUGAGCAGGGGUCUUGUGUCCUCCAACGGCCCUCCCUGGCGCUACAGUGUGUGGGAGGUGUUGCCGGGCGUGCAGUCUUAUUCUUCUCAGUCUACCGUCGCGAUGGGAGCUGAUGCUACUGCGCUGCUGGGGUCCCCCUCUAGCAGUGCCGGGAUAAUAUGGAUUGCAAAAGUAUGAUGUUCAGCGAAAAGUACAUUGCGUACAACUAAAACUCUGAAUGCAGUCACUCAAGAAUAUGAAUCAUGUCUUUCUCAACCGCAUUCAUAUGAUUUCUCACUCGAUGAGAUCAAGUUUAAUAAAUUUGCUCUGCGAUCAUGAUCAAGAACAUCAUGUCUACUUUACUAGUGCGCUAGUACAACUUUUGCAGCGGAUAGUACUACAACGGGAGUAACGUUACCAACUUGAUGCUGCGAGGUGGCAAGACGAGAAACGCCAGCGCCGAAGUCUUUUCGGGGAAACCACCGCUCGGCGGGGACACGACCGCCGGAGUUAUUCUGAGUAAAAACAUCCCGACACCAGAGUCAAGAUGGGGAUUUUGCAACACAAACCUAGAACUUUUGGGGGUCACGCAUCACAAGUUGCAGUCCGUAGUGUAGUGCAGGUUCGCAAGGCCAGCUGCAUCAGAAAUCCAUCUACUCAUCCUGUUUACAGCAUUACAAAUUCCAAAACACGACUAACAAUGCCUCUCCUGGCGAUGCGCAUUACAAAUGUUCCUGUCAUUGCAAAUCUGCAUGACAACUCUGGUGUGGGGACGUUUUUACUCAGGAUAGGAAUGCUUUUUCCGUCAACCUCGAUGUCUUUCUUUUCCCGCGCAUCACCACGGCUGCAUGAGGUAUCGGGUGGUCGUCCUGCGAUGGCCAGCGACGGCGCAGUAUCCUGUGCAAAAGUAUCGUACUUGUAUUGCAAUCAUGCAUCACAAAUUCUUUUGCUAAGGUACAUCCGCAUUGCAAAUUUUAUUUCUCAUGCUGAGGAAAUUUGUGUAUGCAUUUUUUAUACGAGGGAGUACGAUACUACUUUUGCAGUUCAUACGCACCAGGGGCACGACCAGGGCGGGGGCCCCCGACCACGGGAGGUAGUUCUUCUAGCGCGACGAGAAAUAAGUACAGCUCGUCGUCCCGCGUGGAGGAGGAGGACGAAGUAGAGAGCGGUCGUCUAAGGAGGCAAAACGAGCAUACUUCGGAUGGCGAUGGCGUUCUGCUGCAAGAUAUCCUGUGCAAAAGUAUCGUACUCGUAUAAAUGCAUCACAGAUGUCCUCAGCAUGAGAAACAAAAUUUGUAAUGCGGAUCUACCUUAAGAAAAAGAUUUGUAAUGUAUGAUUGCAAUACAACGAGUGCGAUGCUUUUGCAUUUUAUACAAGAAACCCAAGAGCCAGACGAGGACCCGCUGUUGAACAGUUUGAGUAUCAACUCCGAUAUGAUCUAUCGCAAGAAAAAACUGUUUCACUGUGAACUUGUGAUGCAGAAAAUCGAUCGCAGAAGUGUGCGUCAUGCCACACAUGCAAGACAAUGGAUUUCUAGCUGUGUUUUCCCCUAGGAACCCCGCAUGACAGAUUUUCAGUUUCACGCGUAUUACAAAACUUGUGAUGCAGAUUUUGCAAAAUCUAAAUCACCACUGUGAAACAGUUUUUUCGUGCGAUAUUCUCCAGGAAGAAAACACUAAUUUUAGUGUUGUAAUUCUCUACUUACGUGGAUGGCUGACAGCAUGACAAAUUUGCUUCCGGUGCAUGGCAGAGGGAGCCGGAGCCUGUCAAGCACGGCUAGCAUGUGGUGGAAAAUAAACGCAUAGUGAAGAAAAGUGGACUGCAUGACUGUCCGGCAACAUGACGAGCGUAAAUGUGUUGCUUCCAUCUGUUCUGCGUUACAUUACACUAUUACACAGUUUUUUUCUUGCACAUCGGAGUUGUUAGAGGAGGUGCGCAAGCUGGACCAGAAGGGACUGGCGUUCCUUAAUGAUGAAACCCGGUUCAAUAUCGUGAGAAAAAAAGUCUCCUCCCUUUAGUCUGUCAAGAUGAAGAAUCUUCUGCUACACAAAAAACCCACAAGUUCUGGCUGUCGAGCAUGACAUGUUUCCGCUCGUAGUGCAAUGCUGUUUAGCUGUUGAAAAACCGCAUGACAAAUUGACUAGCUUAUGAAUAUGAUCCUGAUUCUAGCAUGACAACAAACUCCCUCGUCCAGAUACUAUCUGCAUACGAUAGAAAUUGCCUGUCAUGUUGUGGCUGCGCAGGAGAAACUUUGUAGGCAUAUGCAGACUCUUGCAUGACAUCUGUGGGUAGUAAGUUGGGGACGUUGUUGCUUUACUAGGAUAUUCAAGCUGUGGGGCGACGACGCGGCUGUCAGUGACUCCUUUCGGGUAGACCGCUCCCGUUCCGCGUCUCUGUCUCCGAGAAAUCGCCUACACGACGCCGCCACACCCCCGUCUUCGCCGGGCGCGGUGUCGAGCAGGAGCGCCGGCGGUGCGCCUCAACACUCGCCCAAGACCAGUCCGCGCACGCAACACUUGCUGCAGAAUUACAAGUAUGGAUUGUAAAAAUGUCUGGGUCCUCUGGAAGGUUGGAACUUGUAAUGCUAGCUUUCCAUACCUAGAAAAUCUGUAUUGCGUAACCAACAAAAGUCGCAGCCUCUUUUGUCAUGCAAAAACGCAGCUUCUCAUGCGGAUUGCCUACGAGAAUGAGAAAGCGUUUUGGGAAGUUGUCAUGCCGGACUGCAUUCGGAAGUGUUUUCAUCAUGCACAUUUUAGCAUCACAAUUUUCCAGACCCAGACAUUUAUGCAUUUCAUAACAAGGACAACCGCAUCCAUGUUGACAAGGAUCAUCAUCACCCACCACGCGGCUAUGUCGUCGUCACCACGGGCGUAUCCUGUGCAAAAGUAUCGUACUGCAAUCAUGCAUUACAAAUUUUUUUCUUAAGGCAAAUCCGCAUUACAAAUUUUCUUUCUCAUGCUGAGGAAAUUUGUAAUGCAUUUAUACGAGUACGAUACUUUUGCAGUUCAUAGGCCGGGUUAUUGCAAGUGAAAAUCCCCCCUCCCCAUAUGCAUCUAUGAAGAACGCAUCCUUCUGAAAAGUAAAAGUUGCAGCAGAUUUCGAUUUGUGGUGAAAAACAAAAAUCCUGUCUGUCUUGCAAGAACGCGAAAAGUCGAGAGACUCCUCCGCCGCGUUCUUAUCCGGGCGGUUUGUGAUGCUGUAAGGCCUACAGGGCAGACGUCUACCAACAUGCUAAGGGCCCGCACCAGCAGACUCCUGCAUCAGAAAGGCGUGAUAGGGUCUACGUGCAGCGCUCUACUGCAUGCAAAACGAAGUGAGACGCGUCGCGCGUCAUUGAUGUCCAUUUUGAUAUGGGGAUGGGGAGGCAUUUCGCCUUCAUUUCGGAACGGGUCCAGCACUCCGCCACAGGGCCUGCACAGGCGCGAAGGCAGCGCCGCUGGCAGUUUCGCACGCUCGAGUGUAUGCAUAAGAAUUCCAUUGCAAAAAAAAAGUGUCUCUUUUCUUUACGCCACCGCUGAACGCUUCGCAUCAUGCCGUUGAAAUAUCUCAUGUCAGGGAAAAAUACCCCUCCCUCUUUGCGACUUCUUAUGCGAACUUCUCAUGCGAAUCGAUAAUAAUUAUAAUAAUAGUGAAACGAACUUUGCCUCCCCCUUUGCUAUAAUCUAUAGGAGGCACUUAGAAAAAUAAUUCUAAACGAAUGUGCUUAGAAGGUCUCGUCUAGAAGCUUCGUGUAACAGAUUGAACGCGUUCCCGUUAUUUGUGCCCCGUACCGUCGUGCAAAAUGUUAUCCUGCACGCCCUGGCGAGCAUGUGAAAGAAUGCCAGCACCUUAAACAAAGCAAAGCCACGGAUCCCGUGGCAGUAUGGGGACCAUCACUUUCCGGCCCGCCGGGCAAGAGCGAGGGCCAGGAGCCCCCGGGCCAUCGCUUUCCGGCCGAGCCGCCGUUCUUUCCUGUCUCUCCGGGCAAAAAUGGCGGCCAGGAGUUCCUUGGCCAUCCAUGGCCUUCCGCCCGGGCAAGCAUGCAAGGUGAUGGCCACCCAGCAGCAGCUCCUCGGCCACUACUUUUGGCGGCCAUCGCUUUGCUUCCGGUGGGUCGGGCAAAAGAGAUGGCCAAGAGCUCGUCGGCCACCACUUUCCGCUGGCUCGGACAUGAUAAGUCAUGGCCGAGGGCCCCUUGGCCAUGACUUUCCGAGCAGGUAAAAAUGAUGGCUAAGGGCUCCCGCCUGGCCAUCAAUUUUGGCCAUCACUUCCCGGCCCGCCGGGCAAAAAUGAUGGCCAAGGGCAGGAGUUCCUGGGCCAUGCAUCACUUUCCGGUCGGGCCCUUGGUCACUAUUUUGACUUUCCGGCCGGGCAAAAAUGGUGGGCAAGAGCUCCUCUGGUGCCACCAUUUUCCGGCCGGGUAAAGUGGUGGCCAGGGGCCCCUGAGCCUUCACUUCCCGGCCGGGCAAAAGUGAUGGCCGAGAGCUCCCUGGCCAUCGCCUUCCGUACGGGCAAAAGUCCUCGCCAAGAGCCCGCUGGCCAACCAUCGCUUUCCGGUGGGUCGCUCGGGCUGAAGUACUGGCCACGAGCUCCCUGGCUAUCACUUUGGGCGGGCAAAUUGUGACAACCGACCUCAAGUCCGAAUCCCCCUGCUGCCGUCGGGAUGCUGUCGCGAAAGCCUUCGCGACAGCAUCCGGACGACAACAGGGGGGCUCGGACCUGAGAGCGGUUUCCACAACUUGCAGCCCAAGCGUGAAAACCAUUUCCAACCUCGAGCCCCCCCUGUUGUCGUCAGGAUACUGUCGCGAAAGGCUUCGCGACAGUAUCCUGACGACAACAGGGGGACUCGGGCGCGGCAGUGGUUCUCACAACUUGCCGCCCAAAUGCGCGCACCACUCUCACCCCCGAGCCCUUCGCGACAGUAUCCCGACGACAGCAGGGGGACUCGGACCGGAAAAAUGGGAGAGCCAUUUUGUCGAGUCCGAAUCCCCCUGCUAUCGUCAGGAUACUGUCGCGAAGCGUAUCCUGACGACAGCGCGGGGCCUCGAGCUUGAAGCAGGUUUUCUUCGAGAAGCGAAGCCCUUUAUUUUCAAGCGCUGGCAAAAGUGAUGGCGAAGAGCUCCCUGGGCGUCGCCUUUCGGCCGAGCGCAGGUGAUGGCCAAGAGCUCCCUGGCCGUCAAAGUGGCCAUCGCUUCGCGGCCGGGCAAAGGUGAUGGCCAAGAGCUCCGCGGCCAUCGAUUUUCGUUCGGGCAAAAGAGAGUUUGGCCAUCGCUUUCCGGUCGGACGGGCAAGAGCGAUGGCCAAGAACUCCGCGGCCAUCACUUUUUGCCAUCGCUUUCUGGUCGGGUAAAAGUGAUGGCCAGAAGCCCCCUGGCCAUCACUUUUCGGCCGGGCAAAGAGAAACGAUCCAUCGCGACCGCUCCUUGGCCAUCACUUUUGCCCGUCACUUUCCGGGCGGGCAAAAGUGGUGGCCAAGGGCUCCGUCCUGGGCAAUUAUUGCCCAGCGCUUUCCUGUCGGGCAAAAGUGAUGGCCAGUAGUUCCGUUGCCGCCGCUUUUCGCCCGGGCAUGCAAAAGUCCUCGGCCCUCACUUCUGGCCAUCGCUUUCCGGUCGGGCAAAAGUGAUGGCCGAGAGCUCCCUGCUCAUCCAUUUCCGGUCGGGCAAAAAUGGUGGCCAGGAGCUCCGUGGCCACACAACCAUUGACCUUCACUCUUUGGCCAUCAUUUUCGCUCCGGGCGGGCAAAAGUGGUGGCCAAGAGCUCCUUGCCCGGGCCAUCACUUUUGGCCAUCGCCUUGCUUCCGGUCGGGCAAAAGUGAUGGCCAAGAGCUCCCUGCCUGGCCGUCAUUUUCGGCCAUCAGUCACUGUCCCCCCGCGCGGGCAAAAGUGUUGGCCAAGACCUCCGCGGCCACCACUUUCGGGGGCGCGCGCGCAAAAGUGUUGCCCGGCCGGAACGAAAGAGGUGGCAAAAAGUGACUGCCUGGAAGCUCUUGGCCAUCACUUUUGCCCAUCGCUUUCCAAUCGGGCAGCCGGGCAAGAGCGAUGGCCAAGAGCUUCCAGGCAGUCACUUUUUGCCACCUCUUUCGUUCCGGCCGGGCACGCUUUUGCCUCUCCCUCUCGGCUUCUGGUGCAUGGCAUGGGCGGGGGGGCGCGAGGCAAAACCGCGCGAACAAGCCCCCGGAAGUGUGAGGCUCAUCCCCAUCAAGGGGCGGGGGUUUUGUUUGCGCCGGCCGCCGAAGCCGCCCCAGAAUAAGCUUCGCAACCGGCCCCCUUCGCUUUGCUUGCCGCGUGCGGCUAAAGGGCUGACGGCGGGCCGGCGUCCUGGACGCCGGACCGCAAAAGGCGUUAAAGCGGCGAUGCCGCUAGGGCAAGCGCAGGCGCGGCAACGCGGCUAAAGGGCUGACGGCGGGCCGGUGUCCUGGACGCCGGACCGCAAAAGGCGUUAAAGCGGCGAGGCCGCUAGGGCAAGCGCAGGCGCGGCAACGAUCUUCCUCGGGGCAGGCAGCGUUAUGCUUUUCAACCUUCUAGCCGCAUUCUACUCGACUCCAAGCCAAACCUUCUAAACGCAUUCCCGUCUUUAGAAUUAUUUUUACAUCUACUAGCCCAGCGGGCGUCCGGGACGCCCGCGUCAAGAGGCUAGUAGUAAUACUAAUACGCACUACCCACACGUUUUCUCGUGCGUCUCUGCGUACUAGGGGAUUCGGUUUGUUGAUGUUACUCACACAACUCAUGUACUACUAUGGGUCUCACAAGAACUUUCCAGACCCAGACACAUUGAUUUGCAACGUCGAUAGCGUACCACGACCCAGAAUAAGCACGGCAAGAACUCCCACACGAACGAGAGUGGGGUUGUGGACGCGGAGUCGAUUGUGGCACGACUUCGGCGCGUGAAGAUGACGGGCACCAUGGAUUUCGUAUCUUCGCCGACCACUCGACAGGAGGUGGGGGAAGGCGAAGCUACAGCCUGGCCCUCAGGCGGCGGUGACAAGUACUAUCCUCAGCAGGCGGCUGGUGUAGUGGGGCCGAGUCUGAAAGUAUCAAAUGUAAAAAUGUCUGGGUCUGGAAACUCAAACUUGUGAUGCUGGGUGGCGUCUCAUGAUGAGGCUACAAAUGCUGGCUCAGCAUGACGAGUGUCUGAGCUCCCCGGUGUUGCCUAUUCUGCAUGACAAACUGCGCUUCUGCAUCACAGAAAAGCGGAGCUCUUGGGUAACGUGCAUGACAGACUUAAGAGUCGUGCCAGACAAGCAUGACAAACAUGAAUUCUUCCAGACCCAGACAUUUUUGCAAUUGGUAGAAAGAGAAGCAGCUCUUGUCCGAAGAAGAGAGGUUUCACGUGAAGCUCGACGAUUGGAAGAGGGACCCGGAGUAUGCAAGAAAAAAACUGUGUGAGUGUAAGUCUGUGAUGCAGAAAAUGCAAAAUAGAUUACGCUUGUCAUGCCAGACAGCCACGAAGUCCUCCUUUCAUAGAUGUGUGUUUUUAUGUAGUAGGUAGCCACGCUCAUUGCAGGUUUCCUCUGUCAUGCAGAGUAAAUUUUUCAUGCUAGUAUCAGCCUAAAAAGCUUGCACUGACAUAGUUUUUUUCCGGCAUACGGAAUCGGGCAGAUGGACGCGAGGCACGCAGCAGGCUAUUGCAAUGAAAAAUCCCCCUCCCCACAUCAAAACGAAAUUUCUGAUGCUGGAUUUGCGUACACAAAUCAGAUUUGUCUUGCAGUACAGGACUGCAGGCCUACAAUAAGUCUGAGUAGGGAGGUCUUGGGCUAGGCGCUGAGCAUGGCAGACGUCUAGUCUGUAGGGCCAACAGCAUCACAAACCGCCUGCAGAAUGCGGCGGAGCCUGUGGAGUUGCGUCCUUGCAUGACAGAGACGAUUUGUCGCCACAAAUCUGCAUGGCAAAUUUUCUGAGACGCACCUUUUCGAUAUGGGGAGGAGGGAUUUUUCCCUACGAUACAGGCUGUGGCACGGCUGGACCCGACGGAUAGAGCGGCCGCCGCGAACAGCAUCAAGCUCGUUGGCGAUACAUCAGAUUAAAGAUUUUAAUAUUUUUGGAUAGACCAAUUAUCAAUUUCAAUAUGUACCCAAUAAAAAGAAGAGAAGCUUUUCUAAACGUAGAAAAGAAACCACGUUGCACACGUUUCGCGCCCCGCCGCGACAACUAGGAUCACGAAGGACGCGACGACGGCGCACAACUUAUGCGGGCAUAAGUUUUUCAGUUGUCAGACCGAGGACGAACAAAUAAUAUAUCUGCAGCAAAAGAUAAUCCAGCUCGUAGCUGACCUAACUACCAUAAUAUGAUUGUCAAAGCGAAAGAACCUACUUGCGAAUUUAGUAUGCAUGGCACAAUGCUGAUGUUGUCUCUGUCAUAUCGCAGCUGGGUCCGAUAAAAGUAAUUCGACGAUGUUGGUACUAUGGGAAGUAGUUUUUUCAUGCUCUCUGCGUCACGACGUUGAUUUUUAUUUCGCGAUUCAUGUUCUCGUGGCCGACACUUUAUUUGAUUAUUGUUCCGAACAGCAAGUACGUGGACCUGAAGAAUUUGAAUUUGAAUUUAGUAUGAACCAGAGUUGUUGUAGAAGAGCCAUUGCGCCUCCUGUUAUGUUGUAGAAGAGCUGUUUACGAUAUGGAAGCUGUACCCAGUGCAAAUAUGUUUGGGUCUGGAACAAUGCAAACUUAUCGUGAUGGCGCGGGUUGAGGGUCACACAAAACUUUGUAAUAUUGCAUGACCUGCAUCUGCAAAUAAGGGUGCCCAUUUCUGGCCACGCAGCUGAAAGGGGACUCAUUAUUUCGCAUGCAGACUAGUAGGCAUGAUUUCAGUAUACUAAAGGACUGUACUAGAUGAACAUGAACCUAGGCUGCCAAGCCCUGCAUUCCAGACAACUUGGCGCAGCUUGGGAAAAAUUGCGUAUACAGAUCUCGCAAUCUUGUUCCACACCCAGACACAUUUGCAAUGCAUAGUUCCUCUGGAGCGCGGGGACGAAGGUUGUUUUUAUCUUGUAGAAUCAAGCCAGGAGGUAUGCAUUGGAAAUAUCGAUCUGGGUCUGGAUUUGUGAUGCGAAGUUUGAGUAUACGUUGUCAUGUUUUUUACUAAUGAAUCUUUUUCUUUUCUUGAGCAAGUACUAGCCGCGCAGAACUAUUCCUUGAUACUGUUAUGCCGUACACAAGGCACUACUCUGUGACGCAAGCUUCAGCAGUAGAACAAGUUUCCAGACCCAGCUACAUGUUUCCUUUGAUACUAGGAGAUAUCUUCAAAAAGCAGCUCGUUUCAGUUUCAGUUUUGGGCAACAAGACCUGAUACAACAGAAAGUUUCAUCAUUAAUUUAUUAUAGCAACGAAUAGAAGAUAUCGCUGCACGCGAAGCGACAAUAGUGAUAGUUUCAGCUGGAUGAAGGUUUUUUUUUCACGACAUGUUGAUAUCCAAGGCACGACCACAGGUACGCUACGAUAGCGAUUAAUCAGCCGGUGUUGACAUUGUAAGGAUGAAGAUCAAAAAAUGAAUUGCGCAGGGUCGCGCUUUGAUGAGAUGUUCCACAGUACAAACAAGAAG